UCUUGGCUUCUGUUUGCUUCCUUUUCGGGCAUCCCUUUCGCCUCCCUUCCCGUCCUGGGACUUCCUUCCCCUCUUCCUCUCCCCUUCAUCCUCUCACGGUCGCUGAUCAAACCCUUCAUCUCUUUCUGAUCCCUUCUUCUUUGCGCGCUCUACUAAGAGGGGAAGGAAGGAAUCCUCCCGCCCGAUCGAAGAAUCGGUGAUUCUUGCUCGUCUAGUGGGCUCAGAAACCCUCAAGGGAUUCUUGGUGCUCGCCGCGCCUGCCUCGCAGGCAGUGAGAAUGUCGACUCCUGCAAGGAAGAGGCUGAUGAGGGACUUCAAGCGGCUGCAGCAGGACCCCCCUGCUGGUAUAAGUGGUGCUCCCCAGGACAAUAACAUCAUGCUCUGGAAUGCAGUUAUUUUUGGUCCUGAUGACACACCUUGGGAUGGAGGAACAUUCAAACUUACUCUUCAGUUUUCAGAGGACUAUCCAAACAAACCUCCAACUGUCCGCUUUGUUUCAAGAAUGUUUCAUCCAAAUAAACAGCAUGGUGUGGAUCCAUAUUGUAUCAAACCAGUUGCCAAUUGGUACGACCUUCAGGACCAGUUUGGCGAACUUCAAUCUUUACACAGAUGGAAGCAUUUGCUUGGAUAUCUUGCAGAACCAAUGGAGCCCAAUUUAUGAUGUCGCUGCAAUACUUACAUCAAUCCAGACAGCUUGGUAGAGAUUUGGGAAUAGGACCUCUCGAAUCAGCUUUUCAAUUCAUUUUUCCUUUCUGUUCCAUAGUUCUGAUACUACUUUGUUCAGACAGCUUGGUAGAGAUUUGGGAAUAGUGUGCAUAGAGAGUUAUUAUUGAGCCAAGUAUCCUCCCAAAAUUGAAUCUUCUUCCCUUGUCAUAGAAUAGAAAUUAGACCACCAAAAUGGCUGCCUUACCUUUGUAGGUGUCCUUCCAAAUAGGAGAGUCCUUGUAGUCUUCCUUCUCAUUCUAAAUCUUCUUUUGUUGUGGUAUGCCUUGGAUAUAAUCCUCUGCAAUAUGGGUCUUUUGCAGGUGAAAUUUCCAAACCAUUUUGCAAUGAGAGCCUUGUUGAAUUCCUCGAUGUUUUUUUAAUACCCAAGCCCUCCCUUGUAUUUGUAUUUACAAAUGUUAUCCCACUUCAUCAAACAUGAAAAGCCGAAAAUAGAGGAAGUUCCUUUCCAUAAAAAAGCCCUUCUAAUCCUGUCGAUGUGCUUGAUAACCCAAGAUGGAAGUUUGAACAUAGAUAUUUAGCAUACUGGCAGAUUUGUGAACACAGAGUUUAUUAAGGUGAGUCUACCUGCAGUGGACAGUGAGCUUCCUUUCUAGCUUGCAAGUUUUUUGUCAGAUCUUUCUAUUAUCUGCAUCAGUUGUUACUUUGAUGACCUCUUAACCCCCAAGUGGGGCAUACCUAGAUAUUUGAUAGGCACUCUCCGGCAUUCAAUCAAGCAUAAUUGAAAAUUGAUCUGCUGCAGCCUCAUCAUCUCCAAGACCUAUUAACGGAGCUUUUCCAGAAGUUGAUACUCAAACAAGAGAGGAUCUUGAAGUUAUAAACAAUGCAUUUUGGAGUCAAUACCUGAUCCUUCCGUGCCCCGCAGAAUAAUAAUGUAUCAUACCCCCAUAAUGUGAACUAUUGAUGUCUUCACCGGUUCCCAGUGGAUCUAUGCAACUAAGUAAACCAUGCUGCCUGGCUUUGUUUAAAAGUGUGGUUAGUACAUCCAGAGGUAAGAGGAAGAGAAAUGGGGGUAAGGGGUCACCUUGCCUAAUUCCUCUACUACAGUUUAUCCAGUUUUCUGCUUGUCCAUUGACUAAUGCAACUUUAGUGGGUGUUUAACGGCUUUGAUCCAAGCUAUCCAGAUAGAGGGGAAUCCUCUCUUCCCAGUACCCUUGGAAUGAAAUCUAGAUUGAUUUUAUCAAAAACUUUUUCAAAAUCCAGCUUGCAUAACAAUCCUUCCAUUUAUUUUUCUUCUUGCAGAAAUGGAGUAUUUUAUGAGUACAAAGGAAGUUAUCGAUGACGGGUCUGCCUUUAAUUCAAUUAGAUCAUUCAUAAAAGCUCUUGGCCAAGUAGCUAAGACUGGAGAUUAUUCUCAUCCAGGUUGUCUGAGCAGAUUCCGGUUAAAUUGAAAAAGCCUCCCCCUACCGGAUGACUUGUGCACUUGUGUGUUGUUGUGGAUGAAAUUCGUAUGGAUAGAUCAUAGGUGCUUAAGAUGAACUGGCUGAAUGAUUUAUGCCGCUUUAACAAGAGUAGGGGAGUACUAGAUGGGAUCAAAGGGUUUUAACGGGCCAAGGUUUUUGGCUGGGUGACAAGAUCUUUAGCUGCUUUUGUUCUAACCUAUCAUUAAGCAUAAAACCUAGUUGAUCGUUAACCCCAAUCUGAUCAAGCCAUAAAACCUAAAAGAAAAUGAUAAAGCCUUAAAAAAAAAAAAAAA